AUGUUAGUUUCGUAUUACAAUAUAGAACCAUUUGCCAUUGUUUCAAGUAAUCUGGAGGAAAAUUAUUUACUUAUGCAUGAGUUGAUGUCGCAACAUUUGGACGGGCGAGAAAUAUUUUUUACAAUUGAAAAAAUUUUUGUUUUUCAUUUCUCAUUAGAAAAAAAAGAGUACAGUGGAAAUAUUAUCAUCAUUGAGAUUAUUUACAAAAGAUUCCCAGUCACGGUAGUCUCAUGUUGUUUCAGCAAGGGCUUAAAUGGGGUUUUUCAUCCGAAAGGGAUCAGCAAAACUGAACAAUAA